AUGCACGCGACGGUGGAGGAGUUGGACCAGGAGAUCGUUGCUGAGUUGCAACGGAUUGACGCGAACUUCGGACACUGCUUCGCGCGGCUCACGCGGGACGUGAUCCCGCGGGUGCGGCGGUACGGCGAGUUGCUGGACGAGGUUCUGCAGGGCACGCGCUGGCUCGCGGAGUUGUUCCAACACACCGCGGAGGUGAACCUGCUGGGACCCGGGGAGGAUACGUCUGGGGCCCCUGUUGCUGGCGGAGGUACUAGUAUAUUCCCAGAGGACGCACCAAACACAACCUCGACAGGGCAGAUCUUGCAGUUCCCGGACUCGAGCGAUGAUGAGGCGGAGAGGGUUGCUCCGCCGCCCUCUGCGUCCACUGAGGACGACGACGCCGGCGGCAGCACGCUGCAGAGGCAGAGCAAGAAGCGCAAGAUCUCGCUGCUGUUGCAGCAGGAGUACGCGUCGAGUUCGAGCGCCGUGCCCUCGCCGCAGCGGGGGUCCUCGCAUCGACACCCACGAGGCGAAGACGACGGCGACGCGCUCUUCAGCUCGCCGGACACGCUGCGGUUCCCGACCAAGUAG